AUGUCGGGCAGCGGCUGCACCUUCGAGGAGCGGAGCGUGGCUGUGCUGUGCUGCCGCUUCUGCCAGCAGGUGCUGAGCUCGCGGGGCAUGAAGGCCGCGCUGCUGGCGGACACCGACGUCGACCUCUACUCCACCGACAUCCCUCCCUCGGGUACUGUUGACUUCAUUGGAAGCUGCUAUUUCACUGAAAUCUGCAAGUGCAAACUGAAGAACAUCGCAUGUUUAAAAUGUGGUAACAUUGUAGGUUAUCACGUGAUUUCUCCAUGCAAACCUUGCCUGCUGUCCUGUAAUAAUGGCCACUUCUGGAUGUUUCAUAGCCAAGCAGUCUUUGGCAUCAACAGACUAGAUUCUUCUGGUGUGAAUGUAUUGCUCUGGGGCAACUUGCCAGAUUUGGAGGAAAGCACAGAUGAAGAUACAUCAUGCAUCUCUGAGGAGGAGUAUAUCAGAUAA